CGAGGAAAUAUUUUUGGCGGGAAGAAGCGGGAAAACAAGAAAAAAAAAAUAUAUAAAGUAAAGAAAUUAUCAACGAUCAACGAGAUAUUUUAUGUAUUUUGAGGUGUAAUCGUUUGAAUAUAGCUUGUUGAAGAUGGAUUUUGCUAGCAGCAAACUCAGGCAUGAAGUUCAGGCUCAUUCUCGUCUUCAAAUGUACGAUAUUCCACCCGUUCAUAAGAUAUCUCUGGAGGAUUUUGAAUCUAUUGCAGUUGAACGUCUAAAACUUUUACGAGAUGUUGAAACCUCAGGCAUCAGAAGAAAGAAGGACAGUCGCGAAUAUGAAAUCGAUAUGAGAAGUUCAAUAAAGAAAUUCCUAAAAAUUACAUAUUCUACGGAUGAUCAACAGACAGUUAAGAACACUCAUCAUGUUGAAGAUUUAAAAAAAGAGGCAGUAAAAGACAAUACAUCACAUUUUAUAUUACGUUUGGCUUACUGCAGAUCUGAAGAAUUAAGGAGGUGGUUCAUCGCACAAGAGGUUGAUUUAUUUAAGUUCCGCUUCAGUCUGGAAACAUCUAAACAAAUUGAAAAGUUUUUAGAGGAAAAUAAAUUAGAAUACGCACCAAUAUCAGAAGAGGAAAGAGACAAGAAAUUAAACAAUCUUGCAGAUUCUGGUUACAAAACAAGUGCAGAAACUGUGAAAGUAACUGACUAUUAUAAGGUUCCAUUUACAGAAGCAUUGGAUUUGGUUCGUUCACGAAAAGUAUACUUAGAAAAGGGCUUUGCAUAUGUCCCAGAAAAUGGAUUAGUGUCGAUAAUAAGCAACUGUUUCAGGUCAAAUCUUUCUCUCGCUCUUGCUGUAACCGUGAGAGCUCUUCCCUACCUGGAAGAGGAUGAACGUCUUCUGCCAAGAUUGACAAGUUUGAGUCGUCAAUAUCUCGGGGAAGGGUAUGACAGCAAGAAAGACAUGCCGGGUGGCAAGAUCACCAUCGGUCAAAUUGAUUUCUUGUCCAAGACCUCGUUCCCCCUCUGCAUGAGGCAGUUACACGAAGCUUUCAGACGAGAUCAUCAUCUAAAACAUGGUGGUCGUUUGCAGUAUGGAUUGUUUAUCAAGGGACUUGGUUUAACACUGGAAGAGGCUCUGACGUUUUGGAGAACUGAGUUCACAAAGAUUAUGGAAGUUGAUAAGUUUGAAAAAGGAUAUUCGUACGGUGUUCGUCACAGUUAUGGAAAAGAAGGGAAGAGAGCUGAUUAUACCCAUAGUUGUAUGAAGAUUAUCAUGUCCAACCACCCCGGACAAGGAGAUUACCACGGUUGCCCAUUUCGGCAUUCUGAUGCAGAUAUUUUACGGAAAAAAUUGGUUUCGUAUGGCGUGCCUGCUUCUGCUAUUAAAGAGAUCCAAGAUCUUGUCAGGGAUUCUCACUACCAGCUCGCUUGUGCUCGAUAUUUUGAAGUCACACACAAGGUAUCUUUGCAACAUGCAGAAACCAUAAACCACCCGAAUGUGUAUGUUGAAGAAAGCAGACGUGUUCACGAAGAGCUCGCCAGCGGAAACAGAAAGCAGGAACCGCUGGCAAAAACAUCGAUUACUCAAAUCGCUGGCACCAGCGGAGUGAAGACUGAGAGAAUAAUGCCGUCCAGUUCACAAACAUCGUCCAGCGGCACUAAGACUGAGGACGCCAUGGAUUUUGAUAUCGUUAUGGAUGAUGGUAUGAAUGAUGGGAUUUUUGAGAGUAUGGAUGCUAUGGGAUAUUGAUGGCUUUCAUGGGGUGCCACAAGAUGCUUAGGGAUUGUGGAUAGUACAAUAGGCAAGGAAAGUUUAGAUCAACUUUAGAAAUCGUUUUAAUCUAUUUAAUCUAUUGUUUUAUUACAACCGACCUAAAGCCAGCCUCCCCAUAUCUUAUGUAGUGUACAUACACGCAUGACGCUCGCUGUAACUCCGCUGACUGCCAGAAACCGUAGAGCAGACAAUUUUCAAACAUUUUCCAGACCAUGACCAUGAGUACCGUGAAGUACAGAUUUGUCCAGAAAUUAUCCUUACGUAUCCUAUCUGUAUCUGGCAUACCCAUUUUUAACCCCAUUGCUAUCAUCAUUAUAUACAAAAUGUACCAUAUUGCAUUGCAUAAAUUAAUGACGUCAUUCGGACCCAGUACCACAAUUCCUUCACUCGUCGUGUUCAGAAUUGAAGUGCAGGUGACUGAGCUUAACUCUGUGAGGAACAAUUUGACUUUGUGUUUAAAUUUUUUAUAAUCUUCCGAGUGGUAGCCAAGUAUGUUUAGAAUAACUUCGUAAAGCGCAAAAAUAAACAGGAGAGUGAAUAAUCCUUUUAAAACAACGACAAAAAAUGAAAACAUCACUGCAGUUUCAUAUACAAGUCUGUUGAGACGACGGAAGCCGUUGAAAUAGACGAUUGUUACUAUUCCAAUCAGGAGUAGGAUGAUGUGCACUGUGCUGUCCGCUGACCGCGAUAAAAAGUGCAGCAGGAGCAAGCAUUGUAUUGUGUAGCUUCGUGAUACAGUACUUUCCAGGAAAUAAAGAACAGUUCGAAUCUUUCCAGGAUUUUGCACUGGGGCUGGUGAAGGCUUCAUUCUUCAUUGAUCCACUGUAAUUCCUAGAAGGAGCGAAUGUUAUUUGCAAUGAAUCAGUUGACAGUUAUUCUAAAGAAAAUCUCGUUAUAUCGUAGAGUGGUUUCUAACUAAAUAUUAAUAUUAAAGCAUCGAUUUGUGACAUUGUCAAUUGAAUUUGCGCUGUGCAAGACCAGAAUAUCGUACGUAUAUCUAAGAUAUAAAUAAUUAACCAUAUCGGACUGUAGAAUUCUGUAGGAACUAACAUACCUCUUUUGACUUUAAUGUUUGUCUAACAAAUACCAAUUCAAACCAAACCAACGGCUCGUUAAAUUUGCCCUCAACUGCGACAUUUCGUCUCAUGUUUCAAAUAUUCUAAGAUCAUAUUCAUUAUGUCUCAUUGCGAUAAAGAUCUCAUGGAUCGUUUAUCAUCUCGUACUGUGUGAGUGUGUCUUGUGUGGU